AUGAAAACAGAUGAAAUCUCAAGAUUGUUGGUGCUGUCAGUGUUCUUUGUGAUUUUGUUUGGUUUUCAAAGAGAGAAGAAUGUGGUAGUUAUGGCUAUUGAUGAAGAUGAAAAAGCGCUUUGUAGCGUUAAUCUGGCAGAAUUUCUUCCUCCUCCAUAUGGUGGUCUUGAAAAUAUGGUUUGUCAACCUGUUUGGAACUCUUUUCUGCUGCGUUACUCUCAAAGUAAAGACAAUGUGAUCACCAUUGUGUUAUCAACCAUUUACACAAGUGGAUGGGUAGGAAUAGGGUUCUCCCGCGACGGAAUGAUGAUCAAUUCUAGCUGUAUGGCUGGAUGGGUGACUCCUGCAGGUCAUGGAAAAAUCAAACAGUAUUAUGUUGAGGGCUUCACUCCCUCGAAAAUCAUACCAGAUAAAGGAGAGUUGCCAUUGGCAAGUGUUCCACCUCUCAUCUAUCUUCAAGGUGCCACAGUUUACUUGGCCUUCCAGUAGAAGUACCCAACUCCUCUCAAAACUCAACCAAUGUUACUAGCCUUCACCAAAUAUCCUCAGCACCACCAUCUAACCGCUCAUGAGGAUAAAACAACCAUAAAAUUUGACUUCUCUUCAGGUUCUCCAUUUGCUGUCACUGCUACACCUAAUAACUAUAUUAGCUCAAAGACCCAUGGGGUAUUGGGUAUAUUGGGAUGGGGACUAUUCUUGCCCUUUGGAGCCAUUUUCACAAGACACUUUAGGAGCCAACCAUUAUGGUACUGCUUUCAUGUAUCUGCUCAAUUCAUAGGAUUCAUACUAGGACUUGCCGGAGUGGUUCUUGGAAUUCAGCUCGACAACAAGCUGCAACCCGAUAUUCCAGGACAUCAAGGCAUAGGCAUUCUUAUUCUUGUGCCUAGCAUUCUUCAGGUUUUGGCAUUCUUCGUAAGACCAGAUAUAGACAGCAAGUAUCGCAAGUACUGGAAUUAUUAUCACAGUUGGGUGGGGAGGACAGCUCUCUUCUUUGGAGCUUUGAACAUAGUAUUGGGGAUGCAUUAUGCAGGUGCAGGGCAAGGAUGGAAAAUAAGUUACGGAUUUAUUCUCGCUUCAACAAUGCUGGCAUGCAUCAUCCUGGAAAUGUUGCUAAGGCAAAAGAAGUUGGAUGAACCAACUCUUCCUUCAAACUACGCUAUGAAUACAAUCUAG